GGCUCCAAGCGCAGUCUGCUGGAUACCAGAGUGGAGGGGAGAGAGAAAGAGGGCGAGAGAGGGAGAGUGGCGUCAAAUCUCUGCGGUGCAGAGCUGGAACAAAAGCUGCUUCUCUGUGAAAACCACACGCCCCGUUUCAUCGGCUCACCUGCUCCUUUUCUUUUUCUUCUUUUUUUUUCCUGGAGGAAAAAGAAAAAAAAAAAAAAGAAAAGGGAGGACUUACCACCAACAAGUUGCAACGAGGACUGGUGCGCGUCCCUGCGAGCAAAUUUGGCAUUUCUUUCCCGUUCUUCUUGACGUCUUUUUUUUUUUUUUGAAAGUUUUGUGAAUGCACAUCGACUGAAGGGGACUCCUCGCGCACCGAGGCCGCUCGCUUUCGUUCUACCUCCUGCCUGGUUGUCACUGCCACAGCAGAAGUCUACAUGAUGCAAACAGUGAGCAGAGAGCUCUAGUCUGAAAGUUGUUUUUUUUCCUUCCCCCCCCUCCUGUACUUUUUUUUUUUCUUUUGUUUUUGUUUUCGUUUUCUCAAGGUGUUUGACGCUCCAGCAAAUCAGUGCGCAGCGCCGGAUGAACCAACAGAACGAUUGCGUGAAAGAAGAAAGGCGAGAAGAGACGCUGAUUCCCAAGUCCGUUUUGGCGACGCUCGCAAGCUCCUUCGCGUACCUGCAAAAGAGUCGCGACGGCAGCAUGAGCGCAGAGCUCAGCAUGGGCCCGGAGCUACCCAGCAGCCCUCUGGCUCUGGAAUAUGUCAACGAUUUCGACCUGAUGAAGUUUGACGUCAAGAAGGAGGCUUUGGCCGGCCUGGAACGCGGAGGAGUGCGUCAGUGCAACCGCCUCCAACCGCAAGGCUCCGUGUCGUCCACGCCGAUCAGCACGCCCUGCAGCUCGGUGCCCUCGUCGCCCAGCUUCAGCCCCGCGGAGCAAAAGAACCACCUGGAGGAGUUGUACUGGGUGCCCGGCGGCGGCGGCGGCUACCACCAGCAGAUGGACCCCCAGACCCUCGGCCUGACCCCAGAGGACGCGGUGGAGGCCCUGAUCGGAGCCACGAGCCACGGCCACGCUGCGCCUCCGCACGUCCAGCAGCAGCAGCUGCAGCAGCAAGGCGCCUUCGAGGGCUUCAGGGGUCCGCAUCACCACCACGGCCACCACGGCCACCACGGCCACGGCCAGCAGCAGCAGCAACAGCAGCAGCAGCACCACCACCACCACCCGUACGCGGGCGCCAUGGGUCACCACGCCGAGGAGCUGCACGGCCACCCGCACGGCCAGCACCACCAUCACGGCGGCGGCGGCAGCGGUGGCGGCAACAGCCAGGACCCCGACAGCCCGUCCCCGGUGUCCCCGGAGGCCCACCACCACCACCACCGCCACCACCACCACCACCACCACCACCCGCACGGCCACCUGGGCCCGUCGGCGGCGGCGCACCACGGCUCGGCGGGCGGCGGCCUCAGCGUGGAGGAGCGCUUCUCCGACGACCAGCUGGUGUCCAUGUCGGUGCGGGAGCUCAACAGACACCUGCGCGGCUUCACCAAGGACGAGGUCAUCCGCCUCAAGCAGAAGCGCAGGACCUUGAAGAACCGCGGCUACGCGCAGUCGUGCAGGUUCAAGCGCGUGCAGCAGAAGCACGUGCUGGAGAACGAGAAGACGCAGCUGAUCAACCAGGUGGAGCAGCUCAAGGCGGAGAUCGGACGCCUGGCCAGAGAGAGGGACGCCUACAAACUCAAGUGCGAGAAACUUGCGGGCUCGGGUUCGGGGCCCAGCGGCGGCUUCCGCGAGGCGGGCUCCACCAGCGACAACCCCUCCUCGCCAGAGUUCUUCAUCCGUCCACUGAGGUGUCGCGCCAGCAUCUUUGUCCAUUCAAAUUCCUCGCGGAGAACAUUUUGAAAUUCCCUCCUGCAAGAAAACAAACAAACAAAAACAACAACAUCGCCCCUGAUGAACUUUGACCCUCUUUUGAGGCUCAAACAACUUUUACAACAGAAUCAAUGGUGUUCAAUGGUGGAACAGCAAAACGAGGCCUGGCGUCUGGACAACUCUCCAAAAAGAAAACAAACAGACACACAAAGAAAAAGAAGAAGAAGAAGAAGAAGAAGAAGAAGAAGCAAGACUCCACUUUAUGCAAAUCUGGGGAGGACAUUUUAUGCAACAUCUCAUUGAUUUAUUGCCUGCUUGGUUAUUAUAUUCCAGUAUAGAAACGAACAACAACAACAACAACAAAAAAACUCGCAUUAAAUAUUAAUCCUGCAUGCUGGACAUGUAUGGUAAUAAUUUCUAUUUUGUACUUUCAUCAUCUCGUGUAUAUUAAUAAGAGCAUGUUGUUGAUCUGCGCUUCUCUAUAUAGUUUUUUUGUUUUGUUUGUUUCUUUUUUUGGGGGGAAGGGGGGGGGGGUCGAGAUAUGCAGCGGGGACAGAACAGCAGGACUGCCUGUGCAGCAUCAUAUGCGUCAUAUGCCGAGUGGGUGGGGGGGGCUUAUUUGGGCUUGUAAAUAUUAUGCAACCGCAAAGUGCACAAGAUUGAGGAGGCUGGUUUGAACUUCUUUCUUUCUUGGUGUUUCUGUUUCUCAUUUAUUUUGAUGUUCAGUUAUCAUUUCUCAUUUGCGGGACUGAUUGAGAGAGGAGUGAAUUAUUCAUAUUUUUUUGUUGUUUUUGUUUUGUUUUUGUUCCAUGUUUGUCAGUUGAAUUUGUAGAGAGAAAGAAAAACAACAAACUUUGAGGCAAGUGCACUUUUGUAUGAUGAUUGAUGAUUUUUUUUGUUUUUGUUUUGUUAUUGUUGCAAGUUUUCAUUUUGACUUUUGCACAGACACCCCCCCCCCCCCCCCCACUCCCCCCAGGAAGACAAUAUGAUGCUUUAAUGACAUUUACGGGAGGUCAUGACGCAGUUUACAAAAUUACAAGUUAUCAGUUUUCUCACGAACAAACACACUCAGGGUGAAAAUUUGGACAGUCACUAAUAUUUCAAAUUUUCCGCGAUAUUUGUGCCCUCUCCUCCCAAAAUAUGAACGUGUGAUUUGGUUAAUUAUGACCGGGAAUCAAAACAAAUAUUCAUUUCGAUUGACAGCCACCUGCAGCAUCAUCAGCGCGUCAGUGAUUGAAAAUGAUAUUUUGAAUUGCAACAUAUUUCUUGUGAGAUGUUGUGAUGCAAAGUUUGUCAAUUAGCGCUGUGUUUUCCUGAAUUUUUUUGUUUUUUUUGGUUUUUUUUUUCUUCUGCAGGUCAGUGAAAAAAACGGGAUUCAGGUGGUGCAAAUGCUCAAAAUGAAAACAGUUGAUAUGUUACUACGUGUUGAUUUCACCUUUUUUUAUUAUUAUUUGAUGAUUCUGGUUCUGCUGGCCAGAUGCAUAGUUACAUAAAGUUUUUUUAUUUUAAUGAUUUAAAUUAACAGACUGUCAGAUCAUAUCGAAUAAGCAUGGUGCUUGCAUUUGAAACUAUUGUUGAAAAGUCAUGCAUUUUAUCAAUCUUUUUCCUUUUUGUUGAUUCAACUGUGUUGAAAUCGAACUGAAACUGCAGCAGCGGGUUGUUGUUUUGUUUUCAGCAUUUCCAUGUACUUUGUCAUGAUGGGGAUACAUUUUCAAUCCUGUUUAUAUGAAUAAUAGUUAAACAUUUAAAUUUGAACUGUUCCAUUCAGGCUGGUUUCUGUUUAUGUCUUAUUUUUUUUUGAGGAGGUUGUUUUCGGAAGAAAAUGUUUCCUAUUUUGCUUAUUAAAGUCAUUGAAAUGGCAAUAA